UGUUGCCGCCUCGCUUUCCCUGCAGCGCUGCGGGUGGGGCCGCGCUGGCCCCGGGCCCGCGGCUGUGCCCCCUCAGGUUUAACCCAGCGCGCAGGGAGGGACGCGGCUUUCUGCUGCCCUGCCUGGCCCUGGCUCGUCCAGGGCAAGGGGAGCUUCGGCCUGAUAAGUCUGUACCUUUCAUAGCCUGAAUGCCCUGCCGCUUCCCAUCUUCCGUGCUUUCUCCCUGCUUCGGUGAAUUAUCCUUUUAGGUGUUGUUGGGUCCUUUCUGUGCCUGCUUUUUCGUUCGUGUAAACCUCGGGCUUCUUGCAGGGCUGUGUUGGGUGAUGUGUUGUGCAGCACUUAGAUUCUUCUGUACUAAAAACCUUUGUACAAAAGCGUAAGUUGCUCCAAGCCAAUGUAGCCAUCUGUUAGGAAACACGGAAAAGUUUUCUAGAAAGCCUUAGGCAGAAGGUACUCAAGACUCUUAAUUUAUUGUUUAAAAAACCUGGAGAUAUCACGUUCUCGUAAUUUGAAUGGUUUUUUAUUCAAGCAUAAGCCCUGAAAGUAAAAAAUAAAUAAAUAAAUAAAUAAAAUCAUCAUCUUUUGUAAAAAGUAAUGAUUUUCGUAAAAUUCAAGUUUAAUGCUAGCAGCAGUCUUCCAUUCCUGGUGAAUGCAUGGACCUUUUUGUUUGCUUCAUUGCUUGUUUGGGGCAUUUGCUAAAUUUUUUUCUGUUGGUCCAACAUGUAGUCAGACAAUAAAGUGUCAACAAAGGAGACAGAAAAGAUAGAGGCAGAAUGUAGAUGCUUCUGUCUUUAUGCAGAAGGUAUUCAGUGUAUGCAUAUUCUAUCUGUUUAUGGAGUUUCCAGCUUAGUUUUACAGUACUUGUUUCUUUUCAACCCCAACAGUUUGUGUUUCUUUGGUGCAGUAACGAGAGCCUUCUUGAUCACAGGCUGCUUUUGGCCUGACAGGCCCAAAGUCAAAGCUCCAUAUUGCCCAUCUUUUCUGGAAGACCCUUGAUGUCUUUCUGAUGUCAUCAGAAUUGUGUUUUUUUUAGCCAGCACUUCACAUUUCUACCCAAACUGUAAAAGUACACAUUACACAUUUUGCAUUGCAGUACGCCCCAGCCUCUUGUGCACCUCCUCACUGGUGGAGCACGGGAAACUGAAAAGUCCUUGGUUUAAAGAAGCCUGACAAAUAGAAAAAUACUACAAAGUGAAGAGAAAAUUUACUUCAUGAGAACUGAGCUCUGCUUUCAUUUGCUUUUAAAUUUAUUUAUAUUAGUAGCUGAUUAGUGUCAGAUCAUCUCUGUAGUCUGCUGUGGUGAAAUUACUAGGUUAAGCCUGGAAAAAAUGAAACAGUUAAAAAGAAAAAGAAAAAGUAAUUUUAGUGUUCAGGAAACUCAAACUCUCCUUAAGGAAAUCAGAAAAAGGAGAGAAGUACUCUUUUCAAAGCAACUUAAUACAACAAUUAAUGAGAUGAAACGGAAAGCUUGGGAGGAAAUAGCUGAGUGUGUCAAUGCUGUAGGUGAAGGAGAGCAGAGAACAGGGACAGAAGUGAAAAGGCGAUACCUUGACUGGAGAGCACUCAUGAAGAGAAAACGUCUGAAUGCAAACAUCAAAGUAGUGGGUGCUGGGUUUCACCUUCCUUCAUCCAAUUUAGAUGACUCUCUCAAUGAAGACAUGGACGAGAAAAUGGGCUUUGCAAUUGAAUCUAGUUUUGAAUGGCAAAAUAUGACUGACUUCAGAGAAGCUGGUGGAUCUUUAACAGAAAUCAAAGUAGAAGAGGAAGAGGAGGAUCCGCAGAAUUUCGAAUUUCCUAUUGAGGAAGAAGAAGAAAUAUUGUCGUCAGUUCUGCCAGAUUCGAAAAAGGAAAAUGACCUACCAGACUUCCCCCACAUUGAAGAGUUUGGAAAUCUGAGCUCUGCUCAAGCUAGGCUAGCCUAUGAAGAUUCUCACUUGCUUAUAAAUCUGGAGAAGCAAAAGGUGGAGCUGGAGAAACAGCGACUGGACAUCGAAGCCGAAAGGUUGCAAGUGGAGAAGGAGCGCCUGCAGAUUGAGAAGGAGCGGUUGCGGCACGUUGACUUGGAGCGUGAGAGGCUUCAGAUUGAGAAGGAGCGACUUCAGAUUGAGUGGGAGAAGCUCAGGCUAGAGACUCUGCAUGCUGAAAAGCCUGCUCUGGAAAAUGACCUCACCCAAACUGAAAAACCCAUCAUGCAGCCUCUGGAUCUAGAAACUGAAAAGUUAAAACUUGAAAAGGAACGUUUGCAGUUAGAGAAAGAGAGGCUGCAGUUCCUAAAGUUUGAGUCAGAGAAGCUGCAGAUUGAGAAGGAACGCUUGCAAGUGGAGAAGGAGCGCCUUCGAAUUCAGAGAGAGGGUCACUUGCAGUGAACGUCUCAGCUGAGGUGUCAACUUUAGUGUUUUGAUGUUUCUAAAUUAGAAGUAGUUCUUUCCUUGAUACUGAAACUGUCCUAGAGACUUAACAUUCUUCUGUUCAGAGUUGAAUGUUGAUGUUAAACUGGAAAAAAAAAAAAUGGUGCUCAGUAUGUUGGUGUGCCUACAUAAAUGAGCUUAUGUGUAAAAUUGCUUUUCAGUGUAUCAGAACUUAACUGUUAACGUUCUCUUGUCUUCAGUAUUGUGCUGUAUUAGUUCGGUGUCCUCCUCUCAUAGUGGCCUUGAGAAGAGUCAAGGCUGAACCUUGUACUUUUUGUCACUGUACUUGUAGUAAGGAAGGAUCAGAAUAAAUCAGCGUUUGCUGUGAGGACGUGGUGCUGACAAUAGCCUAUAUGAUAAAGAAGUAUAACUUCAGCAGAACACAGGAAUACAGUCAAUAUGAGAGCGAUUCAUUACAUUUUAUUCCCGUCUUUUUUUUUCUCCACCCCCACAAUUGGGAAAAACAGUUGAAGAGUUAUCCAGAAGUUAAAAGUGCAAGUUAAGUUUGUUGCAGUUUACUGUUGUUCCAUGGCUUGAACUGAAUGGGAGUGCAGAAAAAAACAUUAGUUUUUUUGGCUUUUUUUUUUUUUUUUGUGGAUGAAGUAUUCGUGUUAGGUCAAGUUACACAUCAGCCAUACUUACUAUAAGCUGGCCUGUUGGUUUCACCAGAUCAUUAAUAAUGCUGUAUGGAGUAGAGCACCUAUGUUAGCAUAGCACAAGGAUUUACUGAUUGAUAAGGCAUGCUGACUAAUGAGUCUGUGAUGACCCCCUGAAGGAAAUUACUAGACCUUCUUCUUGGAAGGCAGCAGCUGGUAAUGGGAGUCAGAAAUGGAGACUGAGCACAGCCUAAGAACCUCUGAGCUUGAGCACUUAUAUACACUCAUUGCUGGUUCUGCUUGGCCAGCACCAAGGUCAUGUCUGCAAGGCAGCCAGAAGAGGCUUCUGUGGCUCUCUAAGUUACAUAUUUUAAUUAGACAAACAGAAAUGGUCAGUGCUGAAGGCUGUUAGUAUUUUUCAUAGGCAGUGUAGUGUUAUAACAACAACCAAAAAAACCAACCAAGGAAGCUUUCUAUUAUUUCAUAUAUGUUUAAAUCCCAGCUGAGCCAGACUUCCACCUUUCUCAUCUUUCUGCUAGUAACUAUCUUGUAAACUCCAUUGGAAAUGUAGGACUGUGGGAAUACUAAGUCUAAACAUAUGUUGGGUGACUUAGGUGAAUUCUUGUGCAAGUAAAUAAUAUUUAUACCACUACAGGUUUACUUUUAUUCUGCAAAGAUUAUUUUUUUAUUACUGAAACAAAUGUGCUUCUACAGUGGAAAUAAAUUUGACUACUACACUCCAAAA